UCCAGCCCCGCCCUCCCCUCAGCCUCUGGCGGCGGUGACAGCCUAUUGUUCACGUGGACCAGUUCACUGCAGCAGUCGGCCCCGCCCUCCUUCCUCCUCCUCCUCGUGCGACUCCCUCACAUCCUCUCUUCUCGUCCAUCCAGCAGCAUCCUCCGGUUCUGUCUUCGUCCUCCACCGUCUGCAACGAUGACCAGCACAGUUUCAGCCUACGUGGACAAGGUGAAGGAGGCGUCCAUGUUGUCUCUGCUCUGCUCCUGUUUCUACACAAAACCACAUCAGAACAGCCUCUACCAGUACGGAGACCUGGAGGUGAAGGGCAUGAAUAAGCGGGCUUCGGGCCAAGCCUUCGAGGUCAUCCUGAAGGACCUGGAUCUGGUCGGAGACAAACCUCAGCUUCAGUCUCUGCCGUCCCCCCCGAGGAAGGAGGUGUCCCUGGAGGAGGUCCAGAAGAGGCUGGAGGCGGCCGAGGAGAGGAGGAAGUCCCAGGAGGCCCUGGUGCUGAAGCAAUUGGCCGAGAAGAGGGAGCACGUGCAGGAGGUUCUGUUCAAGGCCCGCGAGGAGAACCACAACUUCAGCAGGAAGACGGAGGAGAAGCUGAUCCUCAAGAUGGAGGUGAACAAGGAGAACCGGCAGGCCCAGCUCAACGCCCUCAAACAGCGACUGAGAGACAGGGAAGUCCACGCCGUCGAGGUCCGCCGGAACAAAGAGCGGCAGGUGGACCUGUCCGAAUGAGCGAGCGCAGCUCUGAACCCUCCUGUCCAGUAUUCACACCUUCAUCCUACAGAGAACCUUCCAGAACUCAACCCCGAGAAGAUCACCAUGACGACCACCACCUGACCAAACCACGGUUCAAUCGCACACACUCGGCAAAAAACAGACAGAAUAAAGAACAACUCUGAGCCAAAAA